AUGGAAUUUAAUUAAUACAAAACAAAUGAAGUCAAAUCAAAUCCAAAAUACAAGGGGCUGUUAUAGUGGGGUAUAGAGAAUGGAGUGUUGAUGAAGGGCGUGGAUUUUCCAGCUUCAUUCGGGGAUGUCAUAGGAGUAGUUGCCUCUGAAGACUUGCCAUCAGAUACUGUAUUAUUAUUGAUUUAGAUGUCAUUAGGUAAUCAUUUGCAUACCUUAAUCAUUGAUUAUUUCACCUGAAAAAUGCAAGUAGAGCACUCUCAUAACAGUGUACAAUAAUCAUCCAGAAAUGUUUGAUGAGGAAGAAACUAAUGAAGCAGAGUUUAACAUUUUAAGUAUCAAUCUCUUUGUAUCUGAGCUUUUUACAUGUUCAAUGAAAAGAAGAAAGGGGAAUAGUCUUUUUAUUACCCUUACAUUUAGGCAAUCCAAACUAACAAUACAUUAAUGGCUUGGUCGAAUGAGGAUUUGCAGAAAAUAGAAGAUCCACUUAUAUUAGAGGAAUUUUAAUUAAUUAAAUAAGAUUUCUUAGGGUUAUGGAGUAAGGCCAAGUUAAUCUUUGAUAACGCUUAAGAUGUAUUUGGAGCCCCAAGAAUAUCAGAUAAAAGUGAUUUUUUUUGGGCUAUUGAAUGCGUUAUGAGUAGAUGCUUUGGAUGGGCACUUAAAUCUACUUGUCUAGUUCCUAUAGCUGAUUUCCUUAAUCACUCUAAUAAAGCAUGCACACAUUAUAUGGUUCAUUCAGCUUUGGAGAAGGGUAGUGUUUCUAAUUCAGAAGAGUAAGCUAAUUUUGAAAGACAAUAUGUCAUAAAAAGAAACAAUAUGAAUUUGAGUAUUUUAGGCAUUGAAGCUGAUAAGGAGAUACAGAAAUGGGAAGAUGAGAAAAUUAAAUUUAUUUUAGGGAAUAAACAGUGUUUAAGAGAUUAGAACUUACUUGAAGAUUUGGAAAGAUCAUCUAUAAAUGAACAAAGAGAUAUCAUAAAUAUGAUCCAUUAUGAAUAGAUAAUUUAGGAUCCAAAGUUGAAUAUAUGGGAUUAGGAUUCUCUUGCUUCAUCUGAUAGUGAAGAUAAUGAUUCUGAUGAAGAAGUUAAAUUAGAGAAGUUUUAAGAAUUUGAGAUUUUGAAGAUAAAAGAAUUGGCAGAAUGGAAAAUUAGAGAAGAAUAAAAGAGAAUUGAGAAAGAGUUUCAGUCUAUCAAUUUGAAAAAUCAACCUAUUGUUACUGUAACCUUGAAUCCAGGUAUGAAGUAUUAAAAUAUAAUAGAGAAGAAAAAUAAGGUAAUAAUUCGAGGAUUACCAUAAUAUCAGAUUGAAGCCAUUAAAGCAAAGUAGUAGAUUAUCAAUGGGAGAUUAAGAAAGUAAAAAGAAGAAAAGAUUUUGUCUUAAGUUGAUGAUGUACAGAGCAGGGAAGAUUAAUAAUGGGAUUGGCUAGAUGAAUAUGAUUAAGAAGCCUACUUUUGCAUUACAACUACAGCCCCAAUUAAGAAAUUUGAAUAAGUGACAGUUUCAUACGGGAAGAGAACAAAUAGAUUUUUAUUAUGUUGGUAUGGGUUUGCAUUGCUGGAGAAUGUGUACAGUUCGUUUAAUUUUAGAGUAAUUAGCUGACUAAUUAAAGUUAUGGUUGAAUACUGAGAUCCUGGAGGAUAAAGAGAAAAGCUUAGAUUAGAUCCUGAACACGAUAAUUAUUAAGAAACUAAUAUAUGAAGACGAGUCAAUGGUAGACAAGAUUUUAUACAAUGGAUACGAAAUACCUAUUUCAUCUUUAUCUAAGGAAUUUAGAAUAAAAAAGAAUAAGUUAGAUAUGGACAUAAUAAGCAUUUUGCGAUUAUUUUUAUAGAUAAAAUACGGGAAGGAAAAGGAUUUGUUGAGUACAAUUCCCAUGUCAAUCGACUACGAAAUUGUUGUGAUGCAAUUUUACUAUUCAAUGUUACAGAAUCUGAUGAAAUCUUAUUCCUAAGAUUUGGUUCAAGAUCUUAAAGAAUUAGAAUAGACAUUCGAAUAUCCAAAAAGAUUUGCUGUAUGACUUGGUGUUUGAUUAUAAUUAGAUAUAUAUCAAUAAAGAGAGGAAGGAAAUUUUAAUAAGCCAAAGUUAAAUAGUUGAAGAGGCAAUCACAAUAUUAAAAAGGUUUAAGGAAACAUAGAAAUUGAGGGAUUGCUAUGUUUAAAACAUGAACAUAGAGACAGUAUAGACAAUUUCAAUAAUUAAAGGAUUAAAGGAUUAUCUUAAAUUAUUAUAUGAAUUUUUGUGA